UCCCCUAUCGCCUUCGCCUAGGCAGCUGCCAUGCUUGCGCCCCCAAGGCUCUUGGACCAAUAGGCAGGCCCUAGUGUUGCGACUCGAACGGCUAUUGGUUGGCCAAGCCAUGGUGAGAGAUGGUGCGGUGCCUGUUCUUGGCCCGGCAGAGAGCAGUGGGCGGUUGUUAAGGCGACAGUUCGUGACGUACGCCGUCAGGCCGAGAAGCCCCCAGGCGAUUGGCUAGACGAUCGAACGAUCCUCUCUUAUUGGUCAAAGGCUCGUUCGGCUCUGAGCGUGCGUAAAGCGAGGGUUCCUGCCUCUCCGUGUCUCCGUUGACUGGAGACAGGCGGAGCGCCGGCGCCUGCGUUCGGUGGCCUCUAGUGAGAUCUGGAGGAUCCAAGAAGUCUGUAGCCACAAUGUUGUCAAGACUUUUUCGAAUGCAUGGCCUCUUUGUGGCCUCCCAUCCCUGGGAAGUCAUAGUGGGGACAGUGACACUGACCAUCUGCAUGAUGUCCAUGAAUAUGUUUACUGGUAACGAUAAGAUCUGUGGUUGGAAUUAUGAAUGUCCGAAGUUUGAAGAGGAUGUUUUGAGCAGUGACAUUAUAAUUCUGACAAUAACACGAUGCAUAGCAAUCCUGUAUAUUUACUUCCAGUUCCAGAAUUUACGUCAGCUUGGAUCAAAAUAUAUUUUGGGAAUUGCUGGCCUCUUCACGAUUUUCUCAAGCUUUGUAUUCAGUACAGUUGUCAUUCACUUCUUAGAUAAAGAAUUGACAGGCUUGAAUGAAGCUUUGCCCUUUUUCCUACUUUUGAUUGACCUUUCCAGAGCAAGCGCAUUGGCAAAAUUUGCGCUCAGUUCCAACUCACAGGAUGAAGUAAGGGAAAAUAUUGCUCGUGGAAUGGCAAUUUUAGGUCCCACGUUUACCCUUGAUGCUCUUGUUGAAUGUCUUGUGAUUGGAGUUGGUACCAUGUCAGGGGUGCGCCAGCUUGAAAUUAUGUGCUGCUUUGGCUGCAUGUCAGUUCUAGCCAACUACUUCGUGUUCAUGACUUUCUUCCCAGCUUGUGUGUCCUUGGUAUUAGAGCUUUCUCGGGAAAGCCGCGAGGGUCGUCCAAUUUGGCAGCUCAGCCAUUUUGCCCGAGUUUUAGAAGAAGAAGAAAAUAAGCCAAAUCCUGUAACUCAGAGGGUCAAGAUGAUUAUGUCUCUAGGCUUGGUUCUUGUUCAUGCUCAUAGUCGCUGGAUAGCUGAUCCUUCUCCUCAAAACAGUACAGCAGAUACAUCUAAGGUUUCUUUAGGACUGGAUGAAAAUGUGUCCAAGAGAAUUGAACCAAGUGUUUCCCUCUGGCAAUUUUAUCUCUCUAAAAUGAUCAGCAUGGAUAUUGAACAAGUUAUUACCCUAAGUUUAGCUCUCCUUCUGGCUGUCAAGUACAUCUUCUUUGAACAAGCAGAGACAGAAUCUACACUCUCCUUAAAAAACCCUAUCACAUCUCCUAUAGUGACACAAAAGAAAGUCCCAGACAAUUGUUGUAGACGUGAACCUGCGCUGGUCAGAAAUAACCAGAAAUGUGAUUCAGCAGAGGAAGAGACAGGGAUAAACCGAGAAAGAAAAGUUGAGGUCAUAAAACCCUUAGUGGCUGAAACAGACACCCCAAACAGAGCUACAUUUGUGGUUGGUAACUCCUCCUUACUCGAUACCUCAUCAGUACUGGUGACACAGGAACCUGAAAUUGAGCUUCCCAGGGAACCUCGGCCUCACGAAGAAUGUCUGCAGAUCCUUGGGAAUGCAGAGAAAGGUGCAAAAUACCUUAGUGAUGCUGAGAUCAUUCAGUUAGUGAAUGCUAAGCAUAUCCCAGCCUACAAGUUGGAAACUCUGAUGGAAACUCAUGAGCGUGGUGUAUCUAUUCGCCGACAGUUACUUUCCAAAAAGCUUUCAGAACCUUCUUCUCUCCAGUACCUACCUUACAGAGAUUAUAAUUAUUCCUUGGUGAUGGGAGCUUGUUGUGAGAAUGUUAUUGGAUAUAUGCCCAUUCCUGUUGGAGUGGCAGGACCUCUUUGCUUGGAUGGAAAAGAAUUUCAGGUUCCAAUGGCAACAACAGAAGGUUGUCUUGUGGCCAGCACCAAUAGAGGCUGCAGAGCAAUAGGUCUUGGCGGAGGUGCCAGCAGCCGAGUCCUUGCAGAUGGGAUGACUCGUGGCCCAGUUGUGCGUCUUCCACGUGCUUGUGACUCUGCAGAGGUGAAAGCCUGGCUCGAAACACCUGAAGGGUUCGCAGUAAUAAAGGAGGCAUUUGACAGCACUAGCAGAUUUGCACGUCUACAGAAACUUCAUACAAGUAUAGCUGGACGCAACCUUUAUAUCCGUUUCCAGUCCAGGUCAGGGGAUGCCAUGGGGAUGAACAUGAUUUCAAAGGGUACAGAGAAAGCACUUUCAAAACUUCAUGAGUAUUUCCCUGAAAUGCAGAUUCUAGCUGUUAGUGGUAACUAUUGUACUGACAAGAAACCUGCUGCUAUAAAUUGGAUAGAGGGAAGAGGAAAAUCUGUUGUUUGUGAAGCUGUCAUUCCAGCCAAGGUUGUCAGAGAAGUAUUAAAGACUACCACAGAGGCUAUGAUUGAGGUCAACAUUAACAAGAAUUUAGUGGGCUCUGCCAUGGCUGGGAGCAUAGGAGGCUACAACGCCCAUGCAGCAAACAUUGUCACUGCCAUCUACAUUGCCUGUGGGCAGGAUGCAGCACAGAAUGUUGGUAGUUCAAAUUGUAUUACUUUAAUGGAAGCAAGUGGUCCCACAAAUGAAGAUUUAUAUAUCAGCUGCACCAUGCCAUCUAUAGAGAUAGGAACAGUGGGUGGUGGGACUAACCUUCUACCUCAGCAAGCCUGUUUGCAGAUGCUAGGUGUUCAAGGAGCAUGCCAAGAUAAUCCUGGGGAAAAUGCCCGCCAGCUUGCCCGAAUUGUGUGUGGGACCGUAAUGGCUGGGGAAUUGUCACUUAUGGCAGCAUUGGCAGCAGGACAUCUUGUCAAAAGUCACAUGAUUCACAACAGGUCAAAAAUCAAUUUACAAGACCUCCAAGGAACUUGCACCAAGAAGACAGCUUGAAUAGCCUAACAGUUCUGAACCGAAACAUGGGCAUUGGGUUCUAAAGGACUAACGUAAAGUCUGUGAAUUAAAAAAGCUGAGUGCGGUGUCUUGUUGAGGAUGAGCAGAUGUGAUCAGUGAGACAACCACUUGGUUUUUGGCUGUUUCAGAGAAGUCAGGUUCUUUCCAUACAGACUCAUCAGAUCUGAACACAGUUUAGUGCUGCCUGCUAUGCUCUUUGGAAGGAUUUCAACAUGAAUAUUGUACGUUAAAGCAUCAAAGAUGGUAACCUACACCUCAUCUCUGAAGGCAAAUACAAGCUGGGAAAAAAGUUUUGAUGAAAGUUGAAGUUCAUGGCGAUCAGUGUGCGAUUGGCCUUCUCCCUCACCCCUGCUGGUUGAAAAUGAAUUUUUAAAUUAUACUGUAGCUGAUGAAACUCCUGAUUUUAUAGUUAAUUUAUUAAGUCUGGGAUGUAGAACUUCCAGAAAUAAGAGCUAAGUUCAUAUUUGUAAAUUAAUACUUCAUUUGGUGCUGGUCUAUUUUGAUUUUGGGGGUAAUCAGCAUUAUUCUUCAGAAGGGGACCUGUUUUCUUCAAGGGAAGAAACACUCUUAUUCCCAAACUACAGAAUAAUGUGCUCAACAGUGCUAAAUAGUUCUAUCAGGAAAACAAAUCACUGCAUUUAUCUCCGCAGGCUAUUUGUUCAGAGAGGCCUUUUGUUUAAAUAUAAAUGUUUGUCUAGAUUGGCUGUAACAUGUCUUUCAGCAUUAGGCUUUAAGAAACACAGGAUUUUGUAUUCUUUACUAAAGAUGUCAGAGCUCUUAAUGUUGCUUAGAUGAGGGUGACUGUCAAGUACAAGCAAGACUGGGACCUCAGAACUCAGUGUAGAAACCCAGUUUUGAAAGAAAAACAGCAUUUAUUUAAGCCAACUUUAAUUGCUUAAAAGACAUUUUUAUUUAGGUGAAAAAUCUAGGGUUUUUUUUUUUUUGUAAACUGUAUCAAAUCUGUAUAUGUUGUAAUAAGCUUCUUAUGCUAGUUUAUUGAAGGUAUUCAAGAAAUAAAAAUCAACUUGUGUACUGAUAAAAUGCUCUAGCUUGGGCCAGAAAUGAUAAUGUUCUUUAAUUUUGUCCAGAAAACCCUGGCUUGCUUGCUGAGCCUAAUGAAAGGGGAAGUCAUCUUGCAGAGCCAGUGAAGGAGCCACGUGAAUGGCCCUAGAACUGUGCCUAGUUCCUGUGGCCAGGAGGUUGGUGACUGAAACAUUCACACAGGGCUCUUUGAUGGACCCAUGAAUGCUCUUAGCUUCCUCAGGGGGUCAGCAGAGUUACUGAGUCUUAAUCUUUUUUUAAUGUACAAGUUUUGUAUAAAUAAUAAAGAACUCCUUAUUUUGUAUUACCUCUAAUGCUUCAAGUGUUGGUCUUGGAAAGCUGAUGUCUCUUGUAGAAGAUGGACUCUGAAAAACAUUCCCGUAAACCACGGCAGCAUGGAGAGCCUCUUAGUGAUCGUGUCUGCAGUAUUAUUGUGGAAGAUUUACCUUUUCUGUUGUACGUAAAGCUUAACUUGCUUUUGUUGUGACUUUUUAGCCAGUGACUUUCUUAGUUUUUCAUGGAAGUGGCAGUGAAAAGUGUUCGCUGUAAUUAAUACCAUCUUGCUAAAUUAAUGUUUUGUACAAUUACUAAAUUGUAUACAUUUUGUUAUAGAAUACUUUUUUCUAGUUCCAGUAAAUGAUGAAAAGGAAGUUAAUACCAA